AGAGAGAGAGAGAAAGAGACACGGUACCGGAACCGUGUUUCACAUACGGCGGCGGUGGACGCCAGGUUGCAAAUUUUGUUUUUUCGAUAAUCGUUAAUAAACCGUCAACACGUCUUUCCAAUUUGCGCCUUUUGGAAAUAAUAUGGUCCGAGGUCGAGGAAUGAUCAGAGGCGGUCGAGGAGGUAUGGGACGUGGUAUGGGUUUUCCACGAAAACAAUUUUUACCGCGACACCCAUUUGAUUACACGUUAUGUGAGGCUGCUUUCCCACGUGUUAAACCUGUACCAGAUGAAUCAGAUUUUCAGUCAGCUCUUGUAAAGAAGAAUGCUGAUAUGUGUCCAACGGCAAAGGAGCAAACUUCCAUCUUAAAUCUUGUAACGAAAUUACAGACUGUUCUUGAUAAUUUGAUUGUUGCACCGGGAACUUUUGAAGCUUGUCAAUUGGAAGAAGUGAGACAAGUUGGCAGUUUUAAGAAAGGUACAAUGAUAAAGGGUCACAACGUCGCUGAUAUCGUGGUUAUUCUCAAAACUUUACCAACAAAAACAGCGGUGGAGGCUCUCGGGAACAAAGUCAAUAAUGAUUUGAAGGCCGUGAACCCGAAAGAGAUCUUUAGAGUUAUACAAACAGAGCGCGGAUUCGAUAUCGCUAAUAACGAAGCCACUGUGCGUAUACUAAUAACUACGUUGCAUCAAAAUUUACGUAAACUGGAAUCGGAACAACACUUGGACGUUAAAAUUUGUCAAGGACAUCUCGCUGCUAUCAGACAUUCACGUUGGUUCGAAGAAAACGCUCACCAUUCUAGCAUCAAAGUUCUAAUUCGACUACUUCGUGAUCUUAGAAGUAGAUUUGAAGGUCUGGAGCCACUAUCUCCGUGGAUGCUGGAUUUAUUGGCACAUAAUGCUAUAAUGAACAAUCCUAGCAGGCAAGCGUUACCGAUAAAUCAGGCGUACAAGAGAGUGCUGCAAUUGCUUGCAUCUGGAUUGUUUCUUCCAGGAUCAGCAGGUAUUUCUGAUCCAUGCGAAGGUGGCAAUAUACGUGUCCACACAGCGUUAACGCUUGAGCAACAAGAUCUCGUAUGUCUCACUGCUCAAACGUUAUUGCGUGUGCUAGCUCAUGGUGGAUAUAGACCAUUGCUGGAAGGUUCCAAUAAACUCGCGGUAGAGAUGAGUGUAUGGGCGGGAGGUGUAGUGGCAAGUCCGUUAGAGAAGGCAUAUGAGCCACCAACAGAGCAGGAGCAGCAGGAAGACAUGGAUGAAAGCAAUGAGGAGAUGAUUACCGAAAGUGUUUAAGAUUUGAGUCAAAAUAGGAACAUUUUGUAAGUUCCUUCUUUUGUAUAAGAUAGGACAAUAUUUUUAGUUUCUGGUCGACAUUUCUUAUAUAAAAAGUAUUGUAUUUAUAACAUAUUUGCACACAUAUACAUUUUGAUGAUAAACGACUUAAUGGAUUAACAUUA